UAUAAUUGAAAGAGACAAACUCUAAAAAAAAUUGACUAUAAUUGUCAAUAAAUUAUAUACAUGUAUAAGUAUCACGAGUAUAAUGGCGACACCCACUAAUGGUAACGGUAAUCUUAUCGAUGAAUUUGAAGAAGCAUUUCAGCAAUGUUUGAGUAUAUUAAUAACGAAAGACGAAGGGUUAGGAAACAAUGGAAUUGGAGUGUCUGGUGGUUUGACUGUGGAUAAAGAAGAAGCACGUAGUGAAGUUGAACAAGUUACAUUGAGAUUUAUAGAUCUGGCAAGACAAAUGGAAGCUUUUUUUUUGCAAAAAAGAUUUUUAUUAUCUGCAUUAAAACCAGAAUUAGUAGUAAAAGAAGAUAUCAAUGAUCUUCGAGUAGAAUUAGCACGUAAAGAGGAUCUCAUAAAAAGACAUUAUGAUAAAAUUACAGUGUGGCAGAAUUUAUUAGCAGAUUUACAAGGUUGGGCAAAGUCUCCAGCUCAAGGUCCAGCACCUAAUGGUUUACCGAAUGGUACUCAAAGUGGACAAAACCAACAAAGUGCCAAUGGAGGUGGAAAUACAACAAUGCAACAACAACAAAUAUUACAACAUCAACAGCUUCAACAACAACAACAAUUGCAACAUCUUCAGCAACAUCAAAUGCAACAACAACUUCAUCAGCAACAGGUGCAGCAAGGAUCUGGAGCACCUCCUACAUCAGGUCUUCAAGGAGUUGGAGUUGCAGUAGGACAACAAGGAAUGUUUAUGACACAAGGAGCAGUAGGAGUGACAGGUACUCGAGCAGGAUUCCCUGUUGCAGGUGUAGGAAGUAGUACACUUCAGGGUCCGCUCGCUUUCCUAGAAAAGACAACGAGCAAUAUAGGAAUGCCCGAAAGGCGGAGUUGACGCGGAAGGGGGAGGGGCCGGGGUCGGGGUCGAGGAAAAGGCCGAGGAAGAGGACGAGGCGGAGGAGGAAGUUUACCUCCGCCACCACCACUUCUCGAUACUUCGGACCCGUCGUCGUAUGCUGCUGCUGCCGCAGUCGCAGCUGCUGCGGCAGCGCCCCUUCCCUCUCCACAGCAGCAGCCUCCACCAUCUUGUACAUGAAUAUUAUACAAAUUAAUUUAUUAUUGUAAAAUAUUGUUCCUACAUCUAAAAUUAUUGUGAUCGCAGAAUAUUCUUAUGAAUAUAUAAGUUUUACUUUCUUUAGUAAAAAGAUGAAGUGCUUCAUUAAUUUAAUAUUAAGUGCAUGAUUUUGUACACUUAUAUUAAUAUGUAUAUUAAAAUAUUUAUGAUAAAUAUUAAUUAAUCUUUUUUAGAAAUUGGGAUUUUAAUUAAAAAUAAUAAAUAUCAUUUUUAUUAAAUCAUAUAUUAAUAUAAAUAAUGAAUAUAUAUUAUUAUUUUUCUCGUAGAAAAAUAUUCUAUGUUACUUUUCUUGAUUUUUUACUUUGGUAUUUUAUAUCAUUUGCUUUUUAUAUUAUAAAUAAUUUUGAAAACUAUAUAAAGAAUAUAUAAUAUAUUCAUAAAACAAAAUAAUUGAUAUAUCAAUUUAAAAUGUUCAAGGGGAUAAGCAGCAGAAACUGUACAUAAAAAAUCGCAGUACUAAGCAAAUUAAUUCAUGUAUAUAAAAUUAGAAGUACGACUUUUUUUACAAUAUGUCAUAUUGUAUUUUAUUAUAUUAAGUUCGAAUUAUUAACACUUUUACAAGUUGUGUGUAAUAUUUUACACGAUAUUGAUUAAAUUAUUAAAUGUAUUUUAAAUGCAAAUAAAGUAUAAAUUGUCUAAAAUCAA